AUGACCUGGUUCUUUCACGGCAUAUCUAUGGCCUUUUUCCUAGCCUCCUUUCUUCAUUUUCUUCUCAUACCAUGGACACUGGCUGGCCCAGCCUCUAUGGGAUCUUUGACACCAACUCUUGCCCAAGUAAUACCUCCCUGCGCCCAAGAGUGCCUCGUGUCAUUCAUUACCAGCAACUUCCCUUCUUCGUCCUGUGGGACACCUCCAGACUCCGACUGUUUAUGUAUUAGCAGUAGCGCAUCCGGCUUGACCAUUGGUGAAGGCGGGCUUGAGUGCCUGUACUCCGAAUGCCCGGACUAUGAUUUUGACAAUUCGAUUGCCCUCCAGGUCUACGAGGUUUGCGCGACCGUUCAAGGAGCCAAACCAAACACACAUUCUACACUUACCGCAACUUCAACGACCAUCGUAUCUGCGACUGGCGGGGUCAGAGCGACUCCAACGAACAGCAACAAUUUUUCUUACAAUUCUGACUCGGGGUCUGUUUUUCCUGGUGCAUCAAGCGCGGCGUUGGGGACCAAUACAAUAAUUGCUACAGCGACAGGAUCACCUUCACCUUUUCCUAAGUCCACAUCUUCUUUAGACUAUGCUCGAACAACAAAGGUUGCGACUGGUGGCGUUGGACUAAAUGUUACCCCUACUACAACAUCAACCUCUUCUACAAGGUCAGUUGCAGCCGCAACUUCAUCUUCGGCCGUAGCGGCAGCGGCAAAGCCUAUCCUUACAAAGCCCCAGAUCGCAGGCGUUACGGUUGCUGGUGUUGGUGCCGCUGCCAUUGCAUUUGGCCUUUGUUUCCUUGUUUUUUGCCUUCGGAGAAAGCAUCGUAACCGGCACAGUGGUUGGUCUUUUGGUGGUGACAAGAUCAUAGACAGUCAGGAGACUACGCCUGACAUGGCUGCCAUUGGUGGUGGAGAGUUUGAAAAUCAUCCUCAGCCUAGCAGUCCCCCUGCAGUUGUAGCUGCACCUCCACCCCGCAGAGAGCUGAGAAUAGUUACUCCCGCCAGCUCUAGCGACGAUGGUUGGAAUCGAUAUCAGAGGAGUAUGGAUCCGGAGGAGGAGAUCGCACUUGCUGUACAUCCGCCUCCCUCAAAAUCAUCGAACCAUUCCCCCAUCGACCCGGUUACCCCAGCAAGCCACCGAACAUCCUCACAACUACUCCCCGAUAAACCAAUCUACAGCUUGUUUCCUCCACCUCUGCGUGUAACUCCACGAAACAGCUCGGCACCUGCAGGCCUCAGACCAUCCGGGCCUACCGCUCCACGACAAGCCAAUCCGCCCUACGGGAAAUACAGCCCUCGAUUUCCCAGCAACAUGGACACAAGCCAAGCCCACCUCCAACCUGGAUCUAGCCGGCAAAGAAGUCUGUCGGAUCCAUUCUAUGAUGAUUUCAAUCGCUCACCACCGCCGAAUAUAUAUCCGUAUGUGCAAGCGUCUCGACCACGGUCUCCAGGCUCAUCUCGCCCAGUCCCCAGAAAUUUCCCAGGAGCGUGGACUACACCAAUUGACAUUGUCCGUAAACCAGUUCCAGCACAUCAAUCACCGAGUGCCAGAGGACUGCGACCGGCGCCAUCAAGGACACAGCAACCGAGUCUCCCAAAGCCUUAUCCUCCGCCGCCACCAAUCGAACAGCACUACCUGGCAGCGAUCGAACGCUCCCACAGCCGCAAGGAUCCCCGAAGAAAGCAAAGUAACUCCAGCAGCAAACUCACACGUUUCUCCAACGGGUCAGAGACCAGCUUCGAAGACGCAGACGAAGAUGAAGCCCCAGCUGCCCGCAAAUUUCUCUCGCCCGUUGCUGAGUCUCCAGCUCUGAGAUCCCCUCAUCGCAGCGGAGUCACCUACCCCUCAAUUCCAAUAUCAGCUGCCGAGAGCCCAACUCGAACAGCACAAAAGAGAGCUCCAGCUAGACCUGAGCUGCCCACUCGAACUGAUUCCCUUCUCUCGAAGAGACUAGGUCCGCAGAAAGCCAGAGAAAUUGCAGGCAGGUUGCAGGGGACGCACCCAGGGGUUGAUGAGGAUGUCAGGGAUACGGCCAAAUGGAAGAUCCUCGUUAGUCCUGGACUCAAUCAUCUUGAGAGCUCUGGAUCGCCACGGUCGGCUAGGGGUAAUGGAAGGACACCGCCGAUGAAUAUGUAG